AUCACUUCGGCAUCAAAUCAAUGCAUUUGUCGUCUUCAAUUCAACAAAACCUGUGCAUACACCGAUCUGAUGUGUAUAUUCGAAUCCAACCAUUUCUUCGUCAGCUUCUAAUACACACAUAUACACAGAGAAAGAUACAUAGAGACAGAGAGACAGACAUAGAAAAUCUCUUUCAUUCCAAGGUUUUAUUUUCCCUCUCCGCUUCCGUAAGCUGUCGAGGCGAAUGAUUUCCUCGGUUAGGAUCUCUCGAUCAACGCUGGCGGAUCUGAAGGUCCAGUGAUGGCUGAUCCGCCUGGCUUCUGCAUCCGUCUGGGUGUCGGCUGCAGGUCUGGAUCGGAGCUGGCUGUUUUGCUGAUAGGGUUAGGGCAUCGUGCGGAACCGUCGGGCCGGGAAGCAUGCUGAGCGUGCUGCGGGUCCACCUCCCGUCCGACGUUCCCAUCGUUGGCUGCGAGCUUACUCCGUACGUGUUACUCCGGCGCCCGGACAGCUCCAUCACCACCGAGGAUGCCCCUGAAUCCUCGCCCAUCAAUGGGUUCUACUUGAGGUACAAGUGGUACCGCAUACAAAGUGACAAAAAAGUUGCUAUUUGCAGUGUACAUCCAUCUGAACAAGCAACACUGCAGUGCCUAGGUUGUGUCAAGGCAAAAAUACCUGUUGCUAAGAGCUACCAUUGCUCUCUUAGGUGCUUUUCAGAUGCAUGGCAGCAUCAUCGUGCUUUACAUGAUCGAGCAACUAGUGCAGUAAAUGAAAAUGGAACCGAGGAGGAAGAGUUAUUUGGGCGCUUCAGUAGUUCUGGAUCUGGAGUUCUUAAUGCGGGACUAUCUGGUUCAACAUCGGCUGUAGGACCAAGCCCAAGCUUGAAUAAUUGUUCUGCGCCUAUAUAUCCUGGAGCUGUUACAGAAAGGAGCUCUGGUGAAACGUGGUUUGAAGUUGCACACUCGAAAACAUAUACGCCAACUGCUGAUGAUAUUGGUCAUGUUCUCAAAUUUGAGUGUGUAGCUGUAGAUUCAGAAACAAGAAUGCCCAUUGGACCUGUUAACACCCUUUUGACCUCACGUGUUAUCCCAGCACCCUCCCCUAGUCCCCGGCGCUUGAUUCCGGUGAAUGGAGUUGAUCUGAUGGACCAGUUUGAUUUGAAUGGCCAUACAUCUUUGGGAACUUUCACCGUGCUCUCAUACAACAUUCUCUCAGAUAUGUAUGCCACCAGUGAAUUAUACAGCUAUUGCCCAUCUUGGGCCCUCUCGUGGCCAUACCGCAAACAGAAUUUGUUACGAGAAAUUGUUGGUUAUCAUGCAGACAUCCUUUGUCUUCAAGAGGUUCAAAGUGACCACUUUGAGGAGUUUUUUGCCCCCGAGUUGGAUAAACAUGGGUAUCAGGCUCUAUACAAGAAAAAGACGACAGAGGUUUACAGUGGAACUGCCUAUUCAACCGAUGGUUGUGCUACAUUUUUUCGCAGGGACAGAUUUUCACAUGUAAAAAAAUACGAGGUUGAGUUUAAUAAGGCUGCACAAUCAUUAACAGAGGCAGCAGUUCCAAUUGCGCAGAAGAAAAGUGCUCUAAGCCGGUUGCUUAAGGAUAAUGUUGCGCUGAUUGCGGUUUUGGAAGCAAAAUUUAGUAACCAUGGGGCUGAUACUCCUGGGAAACGACAGCUUCUUUGUGUGGCAAAUACACAUGUAAACGUCCAACAUGAACACAAGGAUGUUAAACUCUGGCAGGUGCAUACUCUUUUAAAAGGAUUGGAGAAAAUAGCUAUUAGUGCAGAUAUCCCGAUGUUGGUUUGUGGGGAUUUUAAUUCAGUUCCUGGAAGUGCUCCUCAUGCACUUCUUGCAAUGGGGAAAGUGGAUUCAUUGCAUCCUGACUUGGAAGUAGACCCUCUCAGAAUCUUGCACCCUGCAAACAAGUUAACUCACCAGCUUCCAUUGGUCAGUGCAUAUUCAUCCUUUGCAAGAAUGAUGGGAGUUGGAAUUGGUUUAGAGCAACAACGUAGGAGAAUGGACCCCACCACAAAUGAACCAUUAUUCACAAAUUGCACCAGAGAUUUCAUUGGUACUGUUGACUACAUUUUUUACACUGCGGACUCUUUAACAGUGGAAUCAUUAUUGGAGCUAUUGGACGAGGAGAGCUUACGGAAGGACACAGCACUUCCUUCUCCAGAGUGGUCCUCUGAUCACAUAGCACUCUUGGCAGAAUUCCAAUGCAAGCCUAGGACACGGCAUUGACACUGCAAGGAUGCUGUAGGUCACCAAGUCAAAUUGGUGGUGAUGUUUGAGAAAAGAGCGGAUGAUGAAGAGAAUCCCAUUGAGAUGAUGGAAGUGAUCUAAGGUAGAUCACUCUCCUUACGUGGCUUCAAGAUGUUUCCUUCAGGAGUGCACUGGUCUACUUGUAACAUGCCCACUCGUCUCAUAUAAAAUUAUGGAAAUGUCUUAUUUAAAAUUUUCCAGUCAAUUCAUGCUUUAGCCACCAUCCAGUAUAAAUUUUUAUUUAGAAAUUCAAUGUAUUAGAUAUUUACUUUCAUUCUCAAAAAAAAAAGAAAAAAAAGAAAAGAAAAAAAGAAAGGUUGGAUGAGCAUCAGCUGUGUCGCCUUUUCAGGCCCAAAGCUUUGUUGUCUGAGUGAAUAGGGAAGGAAUACUAUCAUAGCUUCAGUCGUGGUCCACCUUUUGACUAAACCAAUCGUGUAUUGAUUUUCAGAUGUUAAUGGCUUUUUAGAUGUUUAGAUGUUGUU